UUUGUACAUUGUAGUUUGUACCUGUGAACUACUUGCUGCCACAAUCGUUUAAAGAUAAAGCAAAAAAUUUGCAGUCUAUGUUAUGUUACCGCGCUUUUCUACGACCUGUCAAUGUCAUUGUACUUUUUUGUGUGCUGCGCGCUGUUCACGUAUUUUAAUUUUGUGUUAAAAUGGGAAAAGACAAGAAAAGAAAACGCGAUAUGAUCAACGAGUUGAGCGAGCGGCUAAUGGAGCUCGAGAAACGUAUGAGGCGGAGACAUUCGGAUGACUACGAAACGAGCCCGAGUUCUCAAGGCUCGCGUCACCGAGAGAGGAGUGAAUCGCGCCACCGACAGAGGAGUGAGUCACAUCAUCGACAGAGGAGUGAGUCGCGUCAGCGAGAGACGAGUGAGUCGCAUCAUCGAGAAAGGAGUGAGUCGUGUCAACGGCAUCAGACUUCAAUAAUACCCGACACAAUACAACAAACACUGGGGGAUCCUCCUUUGCCAUCAAAUAUUGAGGAACUUUUGGGCGAAGAAGGCACAUCUUCUGCUAAUAAUGCUAUAAGCAUCCAUGAUGGAUUGUCCAGGCGCUGGACUACAAUAAUUCAAAAUGGUCUCAAGGGAAGACACAAAAAAUACAAAAUUAUAAAAGAAAUAAGACACUCCCAAAAAUCUACCGUUAUUGAUUCCACCCAAGCUUAAUGAAGAAGUAGUGGCUGCCA